CUGCUGAUUUCUGUCAAAAAUAUUUUUAAUAAAUGUUGUGAACAAGCUUAGUAUUACCUUAGUAUACCUAUCAAAUAAUAGUUGUUGAUUAUUAAUUGGAUCAAGUUCUAACUCCUGGCGAAGAAUUUUCAGUCUUCUGAAAUAAGUUGCACGUGACAGUCCUCGAAGUACGUCCGGUCCUGUUUUAGAUCUUUGAUUUCUUCCAUUCAUCUUAUAAUUGACAAUGUCCCAAGGGUAGCUCCGACUUAUAUAAGUAAUAUGAAAAAAAUAAAAGUAAAAAAAUGGAAAGGAAACUAAGUAGUGCCAAUAAUAAUUUACUUACCUCAAUUUCAAGUGUAUUACUAGAUGAAAUUAGUUAUUUGCAGUUGUUAAUAAUUAUUGUGUAACACAUCAGUGUGCAUCAGAGCAUGCGCGUAAGUUUUUGUGUGUCCAGGUUUUAUAUGUACACUUUGACUUAGUGACGUCAAGGCUUUGUGGGGGUGUGCAAUCUGGGCAUUUUCUCAUUCAUAUCCUGCGCGAAAUAAAUGCGUAGGAGAGUAAUAGUUACAACCAGGCCCAAUACAUGUGUGAACGUAUAACAAAUUCUUUUGUUAAUACAAAAAAUGUAUUUAUUAGUUUAUUUUAUUGCAAAUAAACAAUCUGCAAUUAUAACUGAAGGAUGUGUUGACAAAGUAUCGACAAAAUUGAAGAAAAUAGAAAAAAAUAUUAUUGUUCAAGUUAUUAAAGGAGACCAACAAGGAGAGGCUAAAGUUGUACAUGUGGGCAAUAACAAGGGUCAUUUUGAAAAGUUACUAUCUCGAGUUGAUUUAGAGACUGGUAUUUUAAAAAUAGAAAAAGUACCUAAAAAAAAUCUUCAAAACGAUCACUCAGUGAAAAAGCCACGAAAAAUCCCAACUACUAGUACAAUUAUCUCUCAAUCAGCAAGAAAUACGACAAUACACUAAUUAAAUCAUUAUUUCACUUCACCAUAUCAAGAAGAACAAGAAGCAACCUGUAUCCAGAAAACAACAGAUGUUGAGAAAGAAAUACUAUCAGUAGAUCAAAUAACAUGUACUGAAAAUACUGAUAAUUCUCAGUCGCAAUCAUUGAAUGAAAAUCUAGUUGAUGUGAGUGAUAAAGAUCCCAUUGAUUGUGAGUCCUCUGAUAUACCAGCUACUCCUGAAACUGUUAUUAUUCUUGAGAAAAUAUUAUCAUGUGUAAGAAGACGUCUGAAACAAAAUAAGCAGUCCAUGGAGACCAAUGAAACUUCUAAAAUUGAAAGUGAAAAAAAAAACAGAGUGGCAACAUAUAACUGAAGGCAAAGUUAAACUUCAAGAAGGUUAUGAGGUCUGGAUAUACCCAGCAGUACUGAACAUCAUAAAAGGAACAUCAAAUAAUUGCCAAUCAAGAAUUUUUGGUCAAUUGUUACAUCAUUUUCUGGGUGAAAAACUAGCAUCGUUAACUUCUAAGAAAAUACCUAGGGACGUAUAUAAUGCAUCACAUGCAUAUGCUCUUGAAAAUGCGACCAUUCCAUUUUCACUUACAGUUGGCAAAUGUGCUAAUAAUAAAUGCACAACAGAGAAAAAAAAGGAUUUGAAAAGAAAAAAAUUACCAUCAACUAGUUCACUUACAGUUAGCAAAUGUGCUAAUAAUAAAUGCACAACAGAGAAAAAAAAGGGUUUGAAAAGAAAAAAAUUACCAUCAACUAGUUCUACUAUUUCAGCAGAUAAUGAUGUUGUUGAUGAACAGAACGUGCCAACGAAUAAAAAAAAAAAAAAUGAAAAUAUUAAGAGUCUCGAUAAUCAAAUAAAAAGAAAUGAUGCUGAACAGGAUUCCACUUUAGUGGACUGGGACACAUUUUCACGAACUAAUGCUACAAGUACACCUACAAAAAUUUGUAAUUAUGAUAACGCUGGAGACUGUUCACAAUUAACUACUUUAAAUAGUUGUGAUCCAUCAAGUAAUCAAAAUUUGUUACUUAACCUUGAUGAAACUAGCUCAAAAUAUCAACAAAAUUAUGCUUAUCAAGAAAAUGCCAGUUUUUCAUAUAUUUCUAAUGCUCAAAACAUUCUACUUCUUGGGCAAUAA